AUGUCGCCAAUGGAUAAUCUUCACAAAUCGAUUGAAUCUCUCCAACCCUGUGAGUUUGAGUGUUGGGGUGAGAAGGUCGGUGGUUCCAUCAAGACUUGGAAAAAGCGGUAUUUUGUGUUAAAAGACAAGAUGAUUUGGUACUAUGCAUCCCGCCAUGAUUUAAUCGCAAAAGGGUGUGUAGAGAUUCAAAAAGGGACUUCAGUUGAGGAUGUUUCAGGAAAGCGAAUUGCCAAGAACAAACCAAAUGCUCUUUCUGUAGGGGUUACAAGUGUGAAAGGGAGUCGCCUCUUCAUAGUCGUGUGUGAGAAUUCUUCAGACUUCCAAAAGCUGUUCGAACAAUUGAAGAAAGCAACACAAGUAGAACCACUCGCAACCAUCCCACGAGUCGUCCCCACUUCUAAAAUCCCCACAACACUUGUACCGACAAUGGGUGAGUCUCCAAUCCUCCAGCGUGCUCUUGUCGCCUCAUACAAGUCAAAUGCAUUUGGAUGGGACAAUGUGAAAAAGGUGAAGAACUCGAUUGUGUAUAUUAAAAAAGACCCGGAUCUCUCAAAGUAUUGGCAAUUCUGGCUCGACCAACUGCCAAGUAAAAAAUCGCCAAAUUCCCCACCUCUGCCUUUAGGAUCUGUUGUUGAGUAUACCGUCGUUGUAUCGUCAUCAACUGAAAAUACUAAAUGGAUUGCUUGUGGGACUCAAGCCGCUAUGAUCAAGCCCGUUGUCGACUUCUUUGUGGGAGUCGGGUCACCGGACGUUGAAAUUGAUGCGAUUGAUUGCUUUGGGGAAACCCUAGUUCCCGACCAGAUGGGGAAUUGGAUUGAAGUGUCGAAUAACUCGGGGAUGGCGGAGGGGUGGAUGUUCUCUGGUGAUUUUGAUGUGACGGUGAUCAAGAAAUUUGUCGAUGGGGCUGCCGCCGAGAAGUUACGGACUUGGUUGUUAGAUAGUAAAGUUAGUAAGUUCAUCCAAGUUGGGAGAGAGAUGGGGGAGAACCCGCCACGACAAAAUGUGUUCACGUUUGCACUUGGAGGAGAGGCGAGAGGACAAGUUGAGAGAAUACAGGGACUCAUGAAGAGAUUUGAAUUUCCUGAAUUGCCAGGAAGCAUUGUUUCUGUCAUGACUAACUUGAAUAGUUUUUAUGGAAAUAUCGUUAUUGAACUCACACUGAGUAAUGAAGGAGCUAGUAGAGUGCGAGUUAUGAUACCAGAACCUACCGAUGAUAUCGCAAUGGCUAUGUUAGAUGCAAUUGGUACAAAAACUAGUGGAAAACAAGUCCACCUUGGAUUGAUGAAAGACAGAACGUAUAGUAUUAGGUAUGUUGAGUAUAGUUACUUAAAGAAAGGGUUUGGUCAUAACGUGUUUUUGGAAGGACAAGACGUGAGUGUUCAUUACUUCCUUGGUUCGGACCAAUAG